AUGGCUUCCAGACCGGCCAUUGGCUCUUUCCGAGGGGCUCAGUUGGCAGGGAAUACAUCGCGAGGCAGACCUAACCCGCGCUGGCUGUGUCGAGAUGGAUCCACCGUAUCUGGACCGAAAGAUCAACUGCCGCCACACUCUCUCUUGCCCACUAAGAUGCUAUGGCGAUCCCUUCUAGUGGCUACUAUUUCGUCCCAUCCAUGGCUGUUGACUCCAGUAUUGAGGACACUCUCUGUCCUCGCUCACCCUCGAGUAUCUCUCUUGGAUGUGAAUAAGAAUGCCAUACUCCGCGGGAUCCUAAAAACAACCUUCUACAACCACUUCUGUGCUGGGGAGAACGCUGCCGAAGUCACUGGUACGAUUGACCGGAUCAAGCACAUGGGUUUUAAAGGAGUCAUCCUCACGUACGCUCGAGAAAUUGUGGUCGACGCUUCGUCCCAAAAGGCCGAUAAUGCUACCACGACCAAUGAGAAGGCAAGAGCACAAACGACAAAGAGCGCUGAGAUUGAAGCCUGGAGACAAGGGGUCCUGGAGACGGUCGAAAUGGUGGGAACUGAUGACUUCUUGGCCCUAAAACUCACUGGGGCAGGUCCUCAAGUAAUGCACACGCUCUCUUCCAAUCAACCCUUACCGGAGCAGAUGGUGCUUGCUUUGCAGGAUGUCUGCACUCGCGUCAUAGAGCGUAAUGCGCGCAUCUUUGUCGAUGCAGAGCAGCAGUCUGUCCAACCCGGUAUCGACGCUGUUGCUCUAGACCUAAUGCGUUGCUACAAUCAAAAUGGUACUGCUGUGGUAUACAAUACUUACCAAGCGUAUCUCAAGUCGACUCCCGAGAAUCUUCUUUCCCAUCUGAAUAUCGCAGAGAAUGAAGACGACUCAUACAAUGCAAUCGCAGCUGGAAUUCUGCGUCGCCAAUACGGCCCUUUUGGGGUUGAGCGACAAUUCCCUUCCAGCGAGCUGUUUCUUGCUACACAUAACAAGGACAGUGCUCUGGCAGCCGACUCCUUGUACAAAGCACGACUCGCCGCUGGGCAACCGACUACUAAGGUACAGUAUGGACAAUUGCUGGGGAUGGCGGACGAGGUCAGCUGUCGUCUGUUACAGCUUCAUGAUGACAGCAGCCAAGCGGCCCGAAAGGCGUCUCCUGAAGUAUACAAGUGCCUUAGUUGGGGAACUCUGGGGGAUUGUCUGUCUUACCUUCUGCGCCGGGCCGUGGAGAACCGUGAUGCGGUAGGGCGGACGAAGCAGGAAUAUUUUGCUCUCAAGACGGAGGUCAAGCGUCGGAUAACGAAUAUGUUUAGUCUUCGAUGGUAG